AUGUCAACAAUAACAGCAAUGGCUAAAGAUCAAGUAGCCUGUACAAUGUGCUCUUCCUGCGACAACCCAUGCCAGCCCAUUUUGUCUCCGCCACCACCAUCUCUGCCACCGCCAUCUCCACCUCCACCGUCUCUGCCACCGCCAUCUCCUCCACCACCGCCAUCCGGGUCCAAUUGCCCUCCCCCACCUUCACAACCCAGUGACGGUGGUGUGUACUACUACUCACCUCCUCCACCCGCUCAACCAUCUGAUAAUUAUUCACCACCCUCCGGUGGCGGUGGCGGAGUGUACUAUCCACCUGCCAACCCCUACGGCUACCCCAUUCCGCCGCCUCCGAACCCCAUUGUUCCGUACUUCCCUUUCUACUACUACAGCCCUCCACUACCUCCAGCUAACCCUGAUUCCAACUCCAUGCAAUUGAAAAGCCACUCACUUGUUUCUUCCUUCAUUAUUUUCCUUGCUUCACUCUUCUUAAUCUGA